GGCAGCCAUAGAUGCCGAUCCUGAGAAACGGAUAGUGAUAUCUGAUCGUGUUGGGGUGAAAGCUAUUAUCAGUGGCAAUAAUCAGAGGGAUUCACGGGUGCUGAUCGGACUCAAUGACGAGAAUCCAGCCUACCACAAUGUGUACUCGUUCGAUUUACUGACCGAUUCAAUGACCCUGAUUCUGAAGAACAGUCGAUUUCCAAUGAUUGUUGUCGAUAAUGCCUUGAAUAUACGUCUGGUCGGUGAACAACAGCAGGAUGGAUCACUGAUGUACUUCAAGCCUUCUGCGAAAGCGAAUCCGGUAUCAUUGACGUCCGAUCAUGCAGAAUGGGAUGAAUAUCUACUGGUCCAACCUGAUGAUUUGGCAAUCACCUCGCCAGUAGCUUUCGAUAAGUCCAACCAGAACAUGUACUGGCUGUGGGGUGAUGAGCACAGUGACCUAGGAUCUCUGGUUAUGUUCCCAUUUGAUGCCGUUGAUCAAAAGGAAGUACUCUAUAGCGCUACACGUGCACAAAUCGGUACCAUCUUGAUCCAUCCCACUGAUAAGACUCUGUUGGCCGUCACAGAGGUUUACCACAAACCUGAACUGUUCGUCGCUAAUGACACGGUUAUGGACGAUCUACAGUAUCUGGUCAAUCUGCGUCCAUAUGGAUCCCUCCAGAUUCUUUCUAUGAGCCUAGAUAUGACAACAUGGCUAGUCACCUAUCUGUCGUCGGACAAACCUCAUGAAGUCUUCCUAUACCGUAGCUGGCUGAAAACGGCCGAAUUCCUGUUUAACACCCAUCCGGAACUGGAAAAGUAUAAACUGAAUCGCCAAGUCGGUUUUGAUUUCAAGACGAGAGACGACAUGGUUCUGCAAGCGUAUCUCAGUCUGCCACCUGAGGUUGCUCUCCGAACUGUCAACGAAGUCCCGGCUGCUGAUCGUACUUACGCUGAACUGGGAAUGCUCCCAGUCGAACCUCAGAAGCUAGUCGUCCUUGUUCAUGGUGGUCCAAAAGCCAGAGAUCACUAUGGUUACUCAUCAUUGAAUGUUUUCUUGACGAACAGAGGCUAUGCAGUACUUCAGGUCAACUUCCGUGGAAGUGUCGGAUUCGGCAAGCGCCUUACAAAUGCCGGAGACGGUGAAUGGGGCCGAAAGAUGCACUUCGAUAUUUUGGACGCAGUGGAAUUCGCUGUGGCGAAAGGCAUCACCAACAAAUCUCAGGUUGCUAUCAUGGGAGGAAGCUAUGGUGGCUAUGAAACGCUGGCUGCACUGUCGUUUACUCCGGACGAGUUCGCAUGUGGUGUGGAUAUAGUUGGUCCAUCGAAUCUGGUCACCUUGCUUGAGGCGGUACCACCAUACUGGCGUGGCUUCUAUAAAGAUCUCGUCCGAAUGGUUGGAGGCGAUAUCGACACUGAGGAAGGUCGUCAAUCGCUAACCGCUCGUUCGCCGCUGCAUUUCGCUGAUCGUGUGAAAAAGCCCCUGAUGAUUCUCCAAGGAGCAAAUGAUCCCCGCGUGAAGCAACAGGAAUCUGACCAGUUCGUAGCCGCACUGAAGAAGAACAACAUCCCUGUAAGUUACGUCCUCUAUCCAGACGAGGGACAUGGCUUUAGAAAGGUUAGUAAUUAUAGUUGCUAUUAG